AUGGUGCACGGGCAUGCCCACGUUCAUGAGCACCGCCCUCAUGAGAUUGAGCAGCGGGGCUUCCUGGACAACGACGAUUCCAACCCCUUGUUGGGCGCCUACGAUGCUCUGUCCAAUGGCUGGAACGACGUAUUUGGUGGUGGUAGUAGUAGCGGCGACGACGACGACGACGAUGCUGACAGCACUGACCAAGACACCAAUACCGCACCUGCGCAGAACACCAUGAUGGGCGUUGGUCCCGCAGUGGCAGCCACCAGACCGUCGCCAGAGACGACGCAGCAAAUAAUCGAGGCGCCGCCUACCACGGCCAAGAACCCUCCCAAACACGAAGCCACUACGACCGAGAGCGAAAAGGAUACCAUGAUCGAGACGCAUGCCACUCAUACCAAGGAAGCCAUCCCCGAGACUACCACGGAUGCCAAGGAGACCGUGGCAGAGCCUACUACGACCUCCGAAGACAAUACGGUGGCCACCAAGAUCGAACCUACGUCAACUCCGACUGCAAGCUUUGUGACUUCGGUGACCUCCACGACCGCUGAUUCGAGCCAAGAUGUGAAUGCCCUGGCCGUAACCCCCACUGCCUCGGCCACCAACUUGGCCGCAUCUACCUCGCCUACUUCGCUCAACACCAAGUCCGAGGGUAUGUCUUCUGGUGCCAAGGCCGGUGUUGCCAUUGGUGUCAUUCUCGGCGUGGGUGUGAUUGCUGCCCUGAUCUUCUUCUUCAUCCGUAAGAAGAAGCGUAGCCAGGCAAUGAGGCUGGAGGAGGAGGAGAACGAGAAAGCAGCUUUCAAUCUCCCGCCGCCUCCCCCGGUUACGAAACCAUCCACUCCUUCAACUGCUCCUAAGCUCAAUGUUCGUCCGGUUACUCAGUUCGCCCCCGACCUGACCGGCAACGGCGGUUUCAACCCGGCCACCGCUGCCGGUGCCGCUGCUGCUGCCGGCGUUGGGGCUGGCACUGCUGCUGGUGCUACGCGCAACCUCACUGGCAACUCCCCACCUCCUACUCCGCCCAAGUCUGCCACUGGUUCGAACCCGUUCAAUGACCCAGUUAACCCUUUCGGCAACAACACAACACCAGUGGCUGAACAUGCACCUGGUGGUAUGCCGGGCUCGGCUGCUGGAGCCGCCGCCAUGGGGGCUGUUGGCGGAGCCGCUAUGGCAUCCCAUGACCGUGCUCACUCGCCACCUGGCUCUUCGCCGAGCCCCGUCAGUGUCGAUGGCGAGUCUGUUGCAUCUGCGACAUUUGCCGCUGAUGGUGCGGCUGGUAUGAGUGCCGUUGCGGGUGCUGCUGCUGGUACAAGCUCGAAUAAUGUUCACCGCGUGCAAAUGGACUUCAACCCCUCGAUGGAAGAUGAAUUGGGUCUUCGUACUGGCUCGCUGGUUCGCAUGCUUCAUGAAUACGACGAUGGAUGGGCUCUCUGUACGCGUCUUGAUCGAUCCCAGCAAGGAGUGGCUCCACGGUCUUGCCUUUCCGCGCGCCCUGUGAAGCCGCGCUCUCGUCCUCCUGGAGCUCGCGCUCCGCCAAUGGGCCCUAACGGCCGCAUCCUUUCGGGCCCCCCACCAGGUCGCUUCUACCCAGGUGACGUACGGCCAAGAUCCCCCGCUGGGCUUGGAUAUGCCGGCCCUCCUCGUCCAUAUCCCGAGAACCGUUCUGGUUCACCUGUGCAGUUCCCUAUGCCUGGGCCGAUGGGUCUUUCGAUCCGAUCAGUCCCUCGUUCAAUGUCACCCGGACCCUAUGGACCUCCUGGCAUGCAGCGCCAACCCGUAAUGCCGGUGAAUCAGCGACAGCGAAGCAACAGUGCUGGCAACAUGUCCCCGCCAAAUGUUGGCGCUAUUCCUCCCAAGUCCCCCAGCCCGCUAGCUGCAACUGGGCCGCCGUCUCCAGCCCCUACAGCCCAUCUUCCAGCUCUUCCCGGUUCCGCGCCGAGCUCCCCCGACGCAGGUCGAUAG